AUGCUUUCCUUCGAGGCUGAUCUUUUGGUCGCCGCUUUUAAGGCCGAAGAUGAGUUAAUCAUAAAGGCGAGCAAGAUGUCGAAGCCAGAUAAUUCUAACUUACCCCAGCUACUCGCUCCCUGUUCCGCCGCAAUUCAAAAGGUCAUUGAGUUCAAAGAUUCGAAUAGGAAGAGUAAUUACUUCAACAACUUGUCUGCUGUCGCCGAGUCCGUCGCUGCACUAGGCUGGGUCGCAGUUCCUUCGCUACCUGUCAAACAUAUCGAGGAGAUGGUUGAAUCGGGCAAAUUUUACUCAAACCGUGUGCUGAAGGAGUAUAAGGACAAGGAUCAACAACAAGUCGAAUGGGUAAAGGCUCUUAUGGAGGUCUGGAAUCAACUGAAAGCUUUCGUAAAGGCAAAUCAUCCGAGCAGCCUGUCUUGGGGAAGUGGC